CAUCUCCAUCUCUUUGGUCCCCUCAUUUACAAGCUACCAUUAUUUUCCAUCUUUCUUCUUCUUUCUUCUUCUUCUUCUUCUUCAUCAUCAUCAUCAUCUUCAGUUUUAAGCCUCUGAGUUUGGUCUGAUUCCGACAAGAGCACAAAGAACACAACAAUGGCGUUUGCAGGAACUACCCAGAAAUGUAUGGCCUGUGACAGAACCGUUUACCUCGUCGACAAGUUAACUGCCGACAACCGUGUUUAUCACAAAGCCUGUUUCCGGUGUCAUCACUGCAAAGGAACUCUCAAGCUUAGCAAUUACAACUCAUUUGAAGGAGUUCUCUACUGUCGGCCACAUUUCGAUCAGCUCUUCAAGAGAACCGGAAGUCUUGAGAAAAGCUUCGAAGGGACACCAAAGAUCGGAAAACCCGAAAAACCAGACGGAGAGAGACCUGCGGCGAACAAAGUGUCGAGCAUGUUUGCAGGGACCCGAGAAAAAUGUGUUGGCUGCGACAAAACUGUGUAUCCCAUCGAAAAGGUGUCGGUGAAUGGAACUCUGUACCAUAAGAGCUGCUUCAAGUGCACACAUGGAGGAUGCACUAUCAGCCCAUCGAACUAUGUAGCUCAUGAGGGCAAACUCUACUGCAAGCAUCACCAUAUUCAACUCAUCAAGGAGAAGGGUAACUUGAGCCAGCUCGAAGGCGAUACUGCCACCAAGGAGAAAAUGGCUGCUUAGACUACGGAAUUCCUCUGUUUUACUAGUAAUCGUGAACAGAGUUUCACCAUCUUCUGCUUCAUUUGUUUGCUGUUUUCUUGGUAUUUUCACUCCUAUCUUUCCAUCAAUAUGCUUAUCAGAUUUCUUUGGGUUCUUGAGAUAAACGAUGUGGUUGUAUGCUUCUGAGAAAUUCCACUGUAUUGGCCAUUGAACCUCUGCUUCA